AUGUAUUCGGACUGCGGGACAACCUUCAUUAGAGCAGACGCCGCGCUCAAGAAAAUGUUCAUCCAGAGUUCUCAAGAACAUCAACGGAUUGCUCAAGUUUUGCAACUUGAUUGCACAAGAUGGGAGUUCAACCCACCAGGCGCUCCACACAUGGGGGGCAAGUGGGAGGCGGUGGUGAAAUCCGUGAAGUUUCAUCUGAGACGGAUAUUGGGGAGACUCUACUCACGACGGAAAAACUCACAACGUUGCUUACGCAAAUCGAGGCCAUUCUCAACUCGGCCUUUAGAACCGCUGAGUGACGACCCUGAAGACGUCUCAGCGCUCACACCGGGUCAUUUCCUCAUUGGAGGUCCACUCACUACCAUAGCCGAGCCAUCUCUGACAAGGGAACGGUCGGAAGUGUCCCUACCCGAUUUGGAUGCGCUUUGGAUAUGUUGUUGA